AUCCAAAAAAAAUUAUUGUUCACGUGUAGCCCGGUACCUUCUCCCCUCUGCAGGGCCUCUCCCUUGUCAAGUCAAUUAAGGAGAGCUUACUUCUCCCUCUCCAUACGCGCGUAGGCCGGAACCGUCUCCCCCUCUGCAGGGCCUCUCCUCUUUCCAGUGAAACCUAGAGAUGCCCUCGUUUCAAAAGAAGAAACAGCAUGGAGAAUAAUUCACAGCAUGCAAGUUCGACGCCAACGGAUAUUACAUUACGAUUGCUAGAAGAUAUUACGCAUGAUUUUUCUGAGGAGCACAAAGUUGGUAGUGGCGGGUAUGGACAAGUUUUCAAGGGAGUACAUAAUGGGGUAGAGAUUGCUGUGAAGAAGCUUCAUCACAUGCCGGGGCUUGACGAUGUGCAAUUUAAGAAUGAAUUUAGUAAUCUUAUGAGGGUCCAGCAUAAAAAUAUUGUACGACUGGUUGGCUACUGCUAUGAAAUACGGCAUAAACAUUUUGAGCAGAACGGAGGAUAUGUUUUUGCUCAGAUGGUAGAAAGAGCUCUAUGCUUUGAAUAUUUGGAGGGUGGAAGCCUUGACAAACAUCUUUCUGAUGAAUCCUGCGGACUUGAUUGGGACACACGUUACAAAAUAAUUAAGGGGAUUUCUGAGGGUUUAGAUUACCUUCAUAAUGGAUCCAAAUAUUCAAUUUUCCAUUUGGACUUAAAACCUGCAAACAUAUUGCUGGAUAAGAACAUGAUGCCAAAAAUUGGAGAUUUUGGCUUGUCAAGACUCUUUGCUUCAACAACAACCUAUACCACCAAAAAUAUUAUAGGAACAGCUAACUACAUGCCACCGGAAUACAUAACAAAGCGCAAAAUCUCUGAAAAGUAUGACGUAUUCAGCUUAGGUGUGAUAAUCAUAGACAUAAUGACAGGACCUCUGGGCCACUCCAAAUAUGCAGAUAUGCCUUCCCAAGAAUUUAUUGAGCUGGUAAAUACGAAUUGGAGGAAUAGGAUACAGACAACAUCACUGUACCCUACAGGAGAAUUAUAUCAAGUGGACACAUGUAUCAAAAUAGCUAUAAAAUGUGUGGGUACUGAAAGAGAGAAUAGACCCACUGUAGCAGAAAUUGUGCAUAACCUGAAUGAGACAGAAAUUGUGGGCAAGGCUAUGAAAAUUGGGCCUUGGGGUGGACCUGGAGGUGUGCAUCAUGAUCUGGAACUGGAAGUGUUACCCCAACGUCUGAUAAGCGUGGUAGUUUGUAGUGGCAAGGUAAUUGAUUCACUUGCGUUUACAUACAGUGAUUGUGAUGGACGGCAGCGGACUGCUGGUCCAUGGGGAGAGAGUGUGCCUCAUGAUGGGAGCUUUCAUACGAUUCUGCUUGGCCCAUCAGAGUUUCUGAAGGAAGUUAAUGGAACAAUCGGUCGGAGUCCAGAUUAUGCAGCAGAUAUUGUAACGUCAAUUUUGUUUGUCACCAAUGCUGGUAGGUAUGGACCUUUUGGAGGAGGAGGAGGAACUCCAUUCUGCAGUCCCAUGCAGGGCAAUGGCAGCAUUGUUGGCUUCUUUGCCCGUACCGGGGUGCAUGUUGACGCAGUUGGUGUCUAUUUUAACCCUGAGAGGGAAACAGUGAAAGAAGAGGAUGAUGGUGGGACCGCAAGUGCCAUCGGAAAGCUAGAAGGUGAUAUAAAGGAGCAAAAUAAGGCAUGGAUUUCUAGAAUUGGGCCUUGGGGUGGACAAUCAGGCUGGCGUAGGGACAUGGACAUCAAGGUGGUACCCCAACGUCUGAACAGCAUCACAAUUCGUAGCGGUGACGUCGUAAUUGCACUUGCAUUUUCGUACAGUGACGACUAUGGAAAGCCGCACCAUGCAGGUAUAUGGGGGUCUUACGGACCUUCUCUUGGUGGGACCUUUGAUACAAUUCAGCUUGGCCCAUCGGAGUUUCUGACGGAAAUUUCUGGAACAGUUGGUCUGUGUACCAAAUAUCACUGCAAUGUUGUAACGUCACUUAAGUUUAUCACCAGUGCUCGUACCUAUGGACCUUUCGGAGAAGGAAAAGGAAUUCCUUUCCACAGUCCAGUGCUGGGAAAUGCAAGCAUUGUUGGCUUCUUUGCCCAUGCCACAGGGUAUGUUGAUGCAAUUGGUGUCUAUCUGAACCAUGAGAGGAAAGCAAUGAAAGAAAAGGCUUUGAUUACGAAAAUUGGGCCUUGGGGUAGAAAUUCAUGGGGGUAUCAUGAUGUGGAGGUGUUACCCCGACGUCUGAUAAGCGUGCUUGUUCAUAGCGGCAAGGUAAUCAAUUCACUUGCGUUUACAUAUAGUGAUUGUGAUGGACAGCAGCGGACUGCUGGUUCAUGGGGAGAGGGUCCGCGUCAUGAUGGGAGCUUUCAUACGAUUCAGUUUGGCCUUUCAGAGAUUUUGAAGGAAGUUUCUGGAACAGUAAGUGAAGUUAUCAAUGCUGUUACGUCACUUUUGUUUGUCACCAAUGCUGGUAUCUAUGGACCUUUUGGAGAAGGUGGGGGAAUUCCUUUCCGCAGUCCGUUGCAGAGCAAUGGUAGCAUUGUUGGCUUCUUUGCCGAUGCCAACGAAUAUGUUGGCGGAAUUGGUGUGUAUGUUGGCUAAUUCGUACUAUAGCUUGUUCCACAUAGUUGUUCUUGUGAUGGUUAUUAAGAAGAAUUGAAAAGAUAGCUGUUAUGCGGCAGGACUCGUGCUACUUAGAUUGGUUUUGUGAAUUUGUCUGAAUAUUGAGCAUUGGUUGUCGACUGCUCAACUUAUAUUUUUGCUCGUUGAUGUUUCAGAAUUUCAAUGGUUGAUUGAAUUAUUG